AUGGCCGAGCCAAACCCAGAGUUCAGUGAUCUUAUUACGCAAACAAAGAAAAGAAUAGUACCAAGGUUCACUGAAACCUUCAACGUGGAUGACGUGAACUACACUUACGGCUCCUUCAUUGCCUGGGCCCGGAAAGAAGUGAUCAAAUACUGCACCGACCAUAAAGGCAUACUCCAGCCUGUGCUGCCGCCGGAGAAGAAGGUCCCCGAUCUCUGGCUCCACAUCGAGAUCAAAACCAAAACCAGCUCCAUCACGCUCGCCAUACGCAUGGACAACCUCUACCUCGUCGGCUUCAGGACCCCGGCCGGUGUGUGGUGGGAGUUCGGCAAGAACGGCGACAUCCACCUCCUCGACGACAACCCGAGGUGGCUCGGCUUUGGCGGCCGGUACCAGGACCUCAUCGGCAAUAAGGCGGUGGUUGACCCGCAAGCUGACACGAAGAGCAAACUGGCGAAGCUGGUGGUCAUGGUGUGCGAGGGGAUCCGGUUCAUCGCUGUGUCCCUCACGGUAGAAGCGGGGUUCAACAACCAGCCAGGGGUGACCUUAAGCCAGAUGCAGGGGAAGCAGGUGCAGAAAUGGGACAGGAUCUCGAAAGCUGCCUUCGACUGGGCUAAAAACCAGAACGCUGUGAUCCCCGACAUGCAGAAGCUUGGCAUCAACAAUAACAACGAUGCUGCGAGGAUCGUUGCGCUCGUUACUGCUACUACUAGUGCUACAUAUGAGAACAGCGAGGUCUGA